GGAGCUCGCCGCCGGCUUCCGCGCGGGAAGCAUGGCGCGGGGCUGGGCGGCGUGGGCCGCGCUGGGCCCGCUGCUGUGGGGCUGCGCGCUGGCGCUGCAGGGCGGGAUGCUGUACCCCCGGGAGAGCCCGUCGCGCGAGCGCAAGGCGCUGGACGGCCUGUGGAGCUUCCGCGCGGACUUCUCCGACAGCCGGCGCCAGGGCUUCGAGCAGCAGUGGUACCGGCGGCCGCUGCGGGAGUCCGGCCCCGUCUUGGACAUGCCGGUCCCAUCCAGCUUCAACGACGUGAGCCAGGACGGACAGCUGCGCAACUUUAUCGGCUGGGUGUGGUACGAGCGGGAGGCGGCCCUGCCACAGCGGUGGACCCAGGACCUGGGCACCAGGGUGGUGCUGAGGAUCGGCAGCGCCCACUACUAUGCCAUUGUGUGGGUGAAUGGGGUCCACGUGGCAGAGCACGAGGGGGGCCACCUCCCCUUCGAGGCUGACAUCAGCAAGCUAGUCCAGAGUGGGCCCCUGUCCUCCUGCCGCAUUACCAUCGCCAUCAACAACACACUCACCCCCCACACCCUGCCGCCGGGGACCAUCCUCUACAAGACCGAUACUUCCAAGUAUCCCAAAGGUUACUUUGUCCAGAACAUAAACUUUGAUUUCUUCAACUACGCGGGCCUGCAUCGGCCAGUGCUUCUCUACACCACGCCCACCGCCUACAUUGAUGACAUCACUGUGACAACUGGUGUGGACCAGAACACUGGUCUGGUGAAUUACCAGGUUUUCGUCCAGGGCAGUGAACACUUCGAGCUGGAAGUGCGUCUUCUGGAUGCAGAAGGCAAAGUUGUGGCCCAGGGGAUGGGGGGCCGGGGCCAGAUGCAGGUGCCCAGCGCCCACCUCUGGUGGCCGUACCUGAUGCACGAGCACCCCGCCUACCUGUACUCGUUGGAGGUGAGGCUGACUGCACAGACGGGAGCAGGGCCUAUGUCUGACUUCUACACUCUCCCCGUCGGGAUUCGCACUGUGGCCGUCACAGAGAACCAGUUCCUCAUCAAUGGGAAACCUUUUUAUUUCCAUGGGGUCAACAAGCAUGAGGAUGCAGAUAUCCGAGGGAAGGGCUUUGACUGGCCACUGCUGGUGAAGGACUUCAACCUGCUCCGCUGGCUCGGUGCCAACUCCUUCCGCACCAGCCACUACCCCUAUGCGGAGGAGGUGAUGCAGCUCUGCGACCAGUACGGGAUCGUGGUCAUCGAUGAGUGUCCCGGCGUGGGCAUCGUUCUGCUCCAGAGCUUUGGCAACACGUCUCUGCAGCACCACCUGGAGGUGAUGGAGGAGCUGGUGCGCAGGGACAAGAACCACCCAGCGGUCGUGAUGUGGUCAGUGGCCAACGAGCCUACUUCCUACCUGAAACCUGCUGGUUACUACUUCAAGACGGUGAUUGCUCACACCAAAGCCUUGGACCACUCCCGGCCCGUGACCUUUGUGACCAGCUCCAACUAUACAGCAGACCUGGGGGCUCCCUACGUGGACGUCAUCUGUGUGAACAGCUACUAUUCCUGGUACCAUGACUUCGGCCACUUGGAGGUGAUCGGACUGCAGCUGCAGACUCAGUUUGAGAACUGGUACCGGGCCUACCAGAAGCCCAUCAUCCAGAGCGAGUACGGGGCAGAGACCAUUGCAGGGUUCCACCAGGACCCACCUCUCAUGUUCAGUGAAGAGUACCAGAAGAGUCUGCUGGAGCAGUAUCACUUGGUUCUGGAUCAAAAACGCAAAGAAUACGUGGUUGGAGAGCUCAUCUGGAAUUUUGCCGACUUUAUGACUAACCAGUCACCAACGAGAGCAAUGGGAAAUAAAAAGGGGAUCUUUACCCGUCAGAGACAACCAAAAGGUGCAGCAUUUCUUUUGCGAGAGAGAUACUGGAAACUUGCCAAUGAAACCAGCCCUCACCAUUCAGCAGUGAAGAUGCAGUGUUUGGGACGCAGCCCAUUCUUUUUUUAAAGCAAGAACUACCUCCCUGUGACACCGCCUCCAUCAGUCCCUCGGCCCGAGUGAGGGCGACUGCAGCACACACAGCAAGUGCUGCCUGGACUGCCUGUGGCAGACCCAGUUUCUGGCCUGGCUUUUGUGGUAACCUGAUAGAAGAGGACAGUAGAAGUGAAAAGAAAAGCUUUUUUAGUAUGGGAAUAAAGAGUUGGCACAAAAGUGACCACCCAUAAA